AUGACACCACCUCAACCCCAAGUCUCGAUAUCCUCUACACCAGCACUCUCCUCGACUUGUACUCAAACGACACGUCAACGACUAGAGCGACAGCUUGCUGAACAUGAGAAUCGAUUCAAAGAACCCAACAGCAGGAUCAAAAAGAAGUUACUUGCAGGCCAGAUCAAUCAACUCAAAGAACGGCUGCAGGAAUUGGAUAAGCAAGACAAUGCUACUACUGAGGAAGAGGCUAUUUCAGGGUCUUUACGUGUAGGCCGUAAUCAUCAUCAUCCUUCAUCAUCAUCUGCACUACGCCCUGGUUUGGAAGGAUCAUCAUCCACCACCGAAUCAUCCUCUUUAUUACCUUUACCGCCACCUUUAACCGGAUCCACCACACCCACCAAGAGACGCGCCAAAGUACCCGAUAUGGAUCGACGCAAACCGGAUAUUGAAUUUGCUACCGAGAUUGGUCAAGGUCUUUUGCUUGAAGUGCGCAAAAUGCAGGCCCUUUUGCAACAAAAGGAGGAACAGUUGAGCCAAAUCCAGAUACAAAAGGCUGAGAUGGAACGGGCAGCAGAAAAUCUAGCCAAGCAAUUACGGCAACGUGAAGAAGCAGAAGAGCAUCUCAAGGAAGAGACAUGGAAUUUGGAGCUUAGCAAGCAAGAAUUAACGAGCCAAGUUACUGAUCUUCAACAAGACUUGUCUCGUAUUACCAGUGACUAUGCACGUGCUUCGAAGCAAGUGAAUGAUUUACGACAAGACAUUGAACGGAUGCAGGACAAGGAAGAAAAGUUGAAUGGGAUGGUGGAGGAUAUGAAAACGAGACAUCAGCAUGAUAUGAGCACCAUUCGACGCCAAUAUGCCAGUGUACAAAGGGAAAAAUUGGAUCAGCAAAAGCAAAUUGAUGCCUUGACUUCCGAAUUGGCGAUUGCACGAGCUCAUUCUCGCAUCACGAAACGCCGACAGCAAGACACGCCUGCAUUGGGAAUUGAUGAAGCGGAUAGUGUUUCUCCAGAGACGUCAGGCAAUGAAAAGGAUGCUUAUCGCAACAGCCCCAACACCACAUCAUCACCGCCAUCCUCGCCCAAGCAGACACCUACACGUAACCAAGCAUUGGAAUUGGAUACAUUGAAAGCAUCCCUUGCUCAUGCGCAUCGUAUGGUAUCGAAUCUUCGAAGCAAUCUGCAUAAGGAAAAGAUGGAAAAGUUUGAACUCAGGAAGCUCUUGAGUGAGUCUCAGGAAACGAUUGAGCAGUUGCAAAAUGACCCGGCUUCAUGGAUUGAUCAACCUUCCUCAUCACAACGCACACAACGUAAAACGAGACGACGUAAAGCAUCAGGACAACACAAAGUAUCACGACCUACAGCAAUAGCAGCAGGAGGAGGACUCAUGAGUGGGAAAUCAGAUGUGGAUGAUGAGGAAGAUGGUGGCAAAGAAAGUGAAUGGAGUGAAGAAGAGGAAGAUGAAGGACCUUUGUCACCUGAACCUCUUUCAUUGGACCCCGCUUUUCAAGUACUACAGCCUCAACAAACACUUGCAGAUCAAUUAUCAGCAGCUAUUGAACAUCAUCAUCAUCCCAUGGAAACCACUACAACAGCCGAUGUAGCCAUUCAAACAUGUGGUGGUGAAUACGAGGAUAUGGGUGUGCAGACCGACAAGCCACGAUGGCAAAGUAGAUCGAUGCCUGGUACAGGUGUAUAUCCUCGUAUUGGCAACAGCAUCUAUACACAAACAAUGCCUUCAAGUUACACCGACCACGUGGUGACAUGCAUGAAAUGCGGUGGUACAACCUUGUCAUCGAGUCACAGCAACGCGACGUUUGUAUCCGACAACAAGACAUCAAGUCCUUCUUCUUCAUCCAACAAUAGCAAUGUUCAAGCUGAAAGGUCGAGUGGCAUUGUUGAGCCAUCCACUGUAGCAGCAUCAGCAGCAGAGCCAAAGACAUUGACCCAAGCUGAAGCGGAUGCCAUGAUAGCUGCUGCCCUUGCACCUUACAAGUCUUUGCAAAAAGAACAACAACAACCACCUAAUCCAAAGGCGCAGGCGCCCAUUCUUACCACUACCACCAAUACCAAUACCACUACUACUUUUACCACCCACCAUCAUCCAACACCACCACCACAACAACACCACCACCCUAUGGAAGAUACGGAUGAAGAAGAAUCCGAUGAUGAAGCAGCAGCAACAACAACAACAUCCUCUGUACGAGUAGCCAAUAAUAAUACCAACAACGCCGCGCCUUCCAUCUUGUUGAGCAAAGCAACAACAGCCUCCUCUCGAGCCACCGCAAGUCAUUUAUCACGGUCUGACAGCAACAAUCAUGGUGUGGUCUAUGUUAAACCACAAACCACGGUGGCUACUUGCUACCUCAACAACAAUGGUCAACAUCAACGACGUGCUUCCGAAAGUGGUUCCAUAUCCACCUUUUCAGAAAGCAAAUUGUCCUUGGCACCUUACAACAAUAAUCUCUCUCUCCAGCAACCUGAUACCAUGGAUACAGCAACUACCACAGCCUCUUCUUCUUCUAUUAUGAAUGGGGUUGGUGAUGGUGGUAGUGGUGGUAGCAGUGCCAUUGCACUUAUUACACAAACCAUGAUUGGUGAUUGGAUGUGGAAAUAUACCCGUAAGGCUGUAGGAAAUGGUAUUUCUGAACGACGCCACAAACGUUUCUUUUGGAUUCAUCCUUAUACACGGACAUUGUAUUGGAGUGCUCAUGCACCGGGCAUGGAUGGUCGUGAAGUAAGAGCCAAGAGUGCUUCCAUUGAAGGCAUUGCCACCAUCCCUGAUCAUUCACCUGGACCCAAAGUAAGCUUGUUGGUACAAACAGCUGGACGACAAUUGAGGAUCACGGCUGAAGAUGCGGGUCGUCAUCAAGUGUGGUUUGAGUCUCUUUCAUACUUGUUGGCACGAUCAUCACCCUCAGAAGAAAUCCGUCCUGUUCCUUCGCAUUCAACCAAUUCAUCAUCAUUACUCAAAAAAGCAAGCUUCCCUCGACUGAGACCUUCCAAAUCCGUCAGCUCGUUUGCUGGUAGCAGUAGUAUACAUCGUGGCACUGCUGCUAGUACCCUUGGUGGCCUAGAUGAUGACGACGAUGAUGAUGAGCUGGAAGAUGUCCGUAUGUGCUGUAAUGGAAAACACCAUGUAUCCAAACUUCAUCGUGGUGGUAAAUAA